UUCUUCCCGUCUGCUGUCAUGGUUCGUCCCACGCGUUGCGGCUGGUCAUUGCACCCUCCAUCACCACGAACCCGUUCGGUAGGUAACACCUUGGCGUGCCUUUUGCUUCUUCCGCUCCGUACGAAAGGUCUGCUGCGAACGACAACAACAGCAGCGCCAACAUCAUCUGCCAGACCUCGGGCGCGAUCGACGUGGAGCAGGAACUACGGCAGCAGGCACACCCGGCGUGAUGCUAUGACCGCUGUGCAUAGCGAUAGCGAUGGUACUGCUUUGCCGAGGUCUGCACCACCACCAUCAGUCUGUGUCAUCGGUGCAGGUGCAGCUGGUUUGGCAGCUGGUCGGUGUCUCCGGGACGAGGGGUGUCGAGUGACGAUUCUCGAAAAGUCACAUGAUGUCGGAGGGGUGUGGAGGUACAAGCCGGAGCCGGAAGCUCGGGCUCCAAUGUACCGGAGCCUGGUGACAAAUCUGCCGAAAGAGACCAUGUCCUACUUCGGGUUCCCCUUCCCAGAAGAAAACCAAUCCUUCACCACUCACGCCCAGGUGCUGGACUACCUCUGCUCCUACGCGGACGAACACAACCUGCAUCCCCUCAUCAGCCUCGGAUGCUCCGUCGAAUCCGUCCGCCUAGCUAGUCUUCCCUCCGCCGGGGAUUCCUCGCACGCAUUUGGCAGCGUUAACGGCCGUCUGAGUAGCAGCGAAGACUCAUCGGAAGAAGCGGCGACGGGGACCGUCACUGCUACUGCUGCAGACCGUUACGGGGGCGGAAUCGACCAAGGGCAAUCAAGCACGGGGGUGGAGAGCACAACGCUCGGGAGGUGGGAGGUGGUGUACCGGCGAAGAAGCGCUCCUGCUGCGGCUGCCGUUGCUGAUGAUGAUGACCAGAUCGUGGCGGAGGUGUUUGAUGCCGUGUGCGUUUGCAGCGGGCACUUCGACGAGACGUACACACCGACGGUUGCGGGGCUGGACGAGUUCCAGGGGACGGUCAUGCACGCCAGGGAGUACGACAUACCGGGCGUUGAGGCGUUCGUGGGGAAGAGGGUGCUGUGCGUCGGCGCUAGGUCUAGCGGGACGGACAUCGCUCGCGAGGUCUCCUCCGUCGCGCACGCGGUCCACGUGUGCGACAGGAGCAAUCCUGUCACCUCCAAGGGCGGAGAAAGAGGCAACGUUUGGUGGCGGACGGCGCUGGAGAAGUUCGAGGGUGCCAACGGAGUGCGGUUCAAGAAUGGAGAGCUUGUUGAGGUAGACACCGUGGUGUGGUGCACCGGCUACAACUACGCUUUCCCAUUCUUGGAAGGCUCCGGGCUGCUCACCGCGCCGGCGUCGAAGCGCGUGCAUCCUGUGUUCGAGCACCUCUUCCACGUGUACCACCCGUCCCUGUCAUUCAUCGGUCUCCCUCAGAGCAUUGUGACCUUUCCGCUGUUCGAGCUCCAAGCGAACGCUGUAGCCGCCGCCAUCGUCGGGCGGGCGGCCUUUCCCUCCCUCGCGGAGCGCGAGCAGUGGCUCCGCGGGGAGGAAGACAGGCUCCGGGAGGGCGGGGUGGGCCCUUCCUCGCGCGGCGCGCAUGUGCUCGGGGGCAGGCAGUGGGAGUACCUUAGGCGUCUCCUGCGGAUCGCGUCGGGGCCGGGGGUCUUGGGGCGAGGGUCCUACGCCGAAAACCACGCCUCUCAGCGUGACGGUCGUGCUGCUGGUGGUGACGAGGGUAGUGCCAUCCCGAAGGCUUCUGGCAAGGAGGCGUCGCAGUCGCGGGGAGCCGCCGCAGCGACAGAGGAGGGCGCGCAGCAGCGGCACCAGCUAGAGCUUGAGCGAUUGCUGAAGGUGCUGAACGUGAUGGAGGCCAUUUACAACGACGCCGGGGACAACCGGCCCGGGUUCCCCGGCGGGCCGGACGACUACCGGCGGCGCCAGUACCGGGUAGACUGGGACAGCGGCAGGUUUUCGGUGACCUACGCCGAUCGCAAGGCGAAUGGCGAGGGGCCUUCGUCUCCGGCAGGUUCGUAGUAGCUCCCUCGUCGCUGGCGGCGUAGUAUAAAUAGUCUAGUGUAAUGAGGCGCGGCCCAAGCCAGCGUUGCAGGGUAGUUUUUUAGGUAUAUAUAUAUCAUAUUUUUGCGGCGAGAUGGCAUGCAAAGGCACGGAUGUUUUUCAUUGUUUGUGCGUUUUUUUCCGGCGGGAACGAAAACACGAUUUUGUAGUGUAGCUGGUGCGGUGAUGUUUUGGGGUUUAUGUAGAUUGCCAGGCAAAUGGUGACAAGGGGCGUUAGGCGUACUGCGACUCGUUCUGUUCUGUACGCAAUACACAAAAAGCCGUAGAGGGGAAGCUUGAGCAGCUCGUAACAUAUAUAAUGAAAUCGGGAUUUGGCAGCAGGUCGUGCGCGGUUGAUCGACGUCGUUCCGCGCUCUGUUACAAACGUAUCGCCGCAACGUUGCGACGGAAAAAAACUAUUCUGAAUGGACUUCAUGAUGUGGCACACAUGCUUGAGUCUGGCGUGGGCGGUCUUUGCUUGGUGCUUGCAUUUGUUUGUUGGCGAAAACGCUUCUCGGGCGAAUAGGAUAUAGUGCGACGGCAGUCCAUGGAGAGCUACGAACUCUCUAUUGCUAUUUGCAGUUAGCAAGGUGUGGUCACGUUGAGCGAUGACUGACAGUGGAAGUGGGGCACAUGGAGAACCACGUGGAUCGUCCGUAGGACAGGUCUGAUGAAACCGGAAAGAAGGUAUAUAAUGAAAGGCGAAACGUCAUCGAGGCCACGGAUGGAAGCUCCUCUUCACAUAGAACAGCCAGUAGUAGUAGUGAAGACUGUCAGGUUAGUCCAGUCAGACGGACUAGACUAUCCUGCUGACGCUGGAUGUUGCAGAUAUAGAUACUUCUACAUAACAAGGAAGCGUGUU